AUGUUUACAACUGCUGUCUGCACUGUGACAGCACAUAGAAAGUGCUGUGGAGCGUUAGCUGGCGCUGCACCUUUGGAGGACCGCUGCCUGCGCGUGUUGGCGCGUGUGCUACUGUGCAUGAACGUGCGCGCGUAUACACUUCGUCUGGAACUAGCUUCAAGUAGCGCCUACCUGACGAAAGGAACUGGAAGAGCUGGUGGCCAGGAUGCGAAGGGUCCGAAAGGAUCGUGCCCUCUUUGGUCUGAGUUCGAGUGGCAUGGAAAAGCAACCACAGUGAAAGAAGCACUGGCCAAAUGGGAGGAGAAGACCGGGGAAAAGAGCAGCGAGGCAACAGUUGUAAGGCUCUAUGGUCAGAUUCCCCCGAUUGAAAAAUUGGAUUCCACUCUGAGCAAAAUUCCCAAUUGCGAAAAGCUGUGUCUGUCCACAAACUGCAUUGACAAAAUAACCAAUCUAGGGGAACUGAAACACUUGAAAAUUUUGUCAUUGGGUAGAAAUAAUAUCAAGGCCUUUACUGGCCUGGAAGCAGUUGGCGACACAUUAGAAGAGUUGUGGAUCUCUUAUAACUUGAUAGAGAAAAUGAAAGGUGUUCAUUUGAUGAAGAAACUAAGGGUUCUCUAUAUGUCUAACAACCUCGUCAAAGAUUGGGGAGAGUUUUCAAAGCUGGCUGAUAUACCAUGCCUUGAAGAGCUGGUGUUUGUGGGAAAUCCUUUAGAAGAGAAAAAUGAAUCAGGUUGGGCCAUUGAAGUUUCUAAAAGACUGCCCAAACUGAGAAAACUGGAUGGUCAUAAUAUGACAGAAAAACUUGUUGAUGAAGACGACGGCUGAUAGGCAUUCGUAAUGUAUUGCCAGAGAACUGCAUUUUCCCUGGAAGUCAUCUUUUUGAAAUUUCUUCACAAAUCUGAUGUACCAAAGCAGCACCGCAGCGUGAUGCUGCUGUCACUCUCAUUUUGAAUACAUUAUUAAUAAUUAAACUUCUACAGGUGAAAGACCCCUAUCAGUCCAGUACACGGAGCCAUCCACCCCAUUUACAUUUCUGUUUUGAGUAUUUAGUUCCCAAACAGAACCACAAGAUACCGGUUUACAGCUUUCACUAUAAAGUUCAGUAGUUUUGCUCAUGAUAUCUUGGGAAAAUUGUGACUAAAAUGGGGAUGGGCAGUUUUGGGUACUGUCUGGUUAUGGUUCUCAGAAGAAGUCGCAAGAUUUGGCAUCAGUUUACCAUGUGAAAAUAUAUUUAUGGUGAAGCACGUUAUGACUAGCUAUUGCUCUCAAAUUUUUUCAAAAAAAAUAGAGGGCCUUUGUAUAAUUUUAAAACAAGGCCAAAAACGUCAUAUAUUCAUUCAGGAUAGCUUAGCCAUUUUUAUGUAGCAGUUUAUGCCCCCCCCCCCAAAAAAAAAAAAAAGUUCACAAAUGCUCACCAGUCAGUGUUUCCAACACGACGUAUGUUUUACUCCGUGGGUCUGACUGCUGCUAAUACUGGAUCGACACCUUCAUGGCCAGCCGCUUCAUCUGCAUUUGAACUUGUGUUCCUUGUAACUGGCUCAAAUUGAUAAACUUUCACUCCUUUGUAUUCUUCACCAUCUUCAUGGGACCGUUCAGAAUCAUGUUAAUUGCUCAAAUUAUCUUAAUAGUCAUUGUUGUUCUCAAAUUGAUCUUGCACUCCAGCCAUGUUUGUUUUACUAUGUGUUAUGUCACGAAUCUUCUUGGGAAUUUCCAUUGUGCGCUCGGGUUGCCUUGAGGAAUUCAUCAAUGUGCGAUAAAUUUUUGCCGAUAAUCGAUACCUA